CUUAUGCCAAUAUUGCUUCAGAGCAACACGGGGGACAGCCUAUCCCUCAGCGAUUACCGCAAGACAAAGAAGUGGCUGAGAUGCUAAACAACACGGAUUACCUGAAGAAGACUCUUGACAACAUUAGGGAAAUCGUGAACAGCAGCAUUGCCCACGAGAAAGCCCGCGAAGGUGGCAAAGCCAGAGCGCCAUACGAGGACGAUGAUGUUUCCAUGUACGGGGAUGGCAUGAAGCAACAUUACGGUCUCGGCGAAGUAAAAAAACGACGUGGCCGAGCUGCCCCGCCAGGACGUUGCCAUAGCUGCAACAGAAUCGAUACUCCCGAAUGGCGCCGCGGCCCUGAUGGUGCAAGAACACUUUGCAAUGCUUGUGGUCUGCAUUACGCUAAGCUGGAGAGGAAACGACAAAUGGAACAACGAUCCAUGCGCUCUAAAGCUGUCGAAUAGUGCUGCCUUGGAUGAGUACGUCACAUUCAUCCACAUACCCACCACCACAUCGAACACUAUCGACGGUUUACAAUCUGUCAUUUAUAUAUUUCGGCUUCGGCAUUGGCUUGGUUGUUGAAGCGUGUUAUUAUUAUACCCGGCUGGAAAACAAUUACACCAUUUUCGGCACGCAUAUUGGCUGCAUUAUCGGAUCAGCAGUUUGAUUGUAUAUACCCUUUU